GGCAGUGAUUCAGGGCUGCAGGUGCUACCAGACUACCUAUUCCACACUGUCAGUAGCACUAACUAUUAGUGGACCCUAGGUGCUAUCCAGCAUCCUUGCAGCUGCUAUUUGUCUUGGCAGAAACGGGCUACGUAUGCCAGAGCUCCGACCUUCAAUCAAUAAUCAUUGCUGGCCAUGAGCUUUUGAGACAGCUGGUCCCAUUGAUUGAACAAGUUCACGACCACAUCCAUAUUUACCCAAUCCCCUCUCCCUGUCAUUCUGAUGCGCAGCUAACUCUUUGAUGCUGUCGCAGUCUGCCGUCUUUCUUGUUUCUUUCCCCUCUGCCAAUUGAUCUCUGAGGCAUCGCAAACAUGAGGUCGCUUGUGUCGCUUCUGCUCCUCGCCCUCGUCGCCGCUGUCCAUGCUCUCAGCGCAAGUGGUGGCAAUAGACUGUUGGUCAUUCUUGAAGAUGUCGCCGAGAAAGCUGGCUAUUCAAAAUUCCUCGGCGACUUGGAGGCACGCGGCUUUGACAUAUCUUACGAAACACCAAAGAGCGAGGGUCUUAGCUUGUUCCACCUGGGCGAGAGAUCAUAUGAUCAUGUGUUGUUGUUUCCUACCAAAGCUAAAGGCCUCGGUCCCAACUUGACCCCGAGCAUCAUCCUCCAAUUCAUAAAUGCAGAAGGCAACAUUCUUUUAGCCCUGUCCGGCUCUACCCCUGUUCCCUCCAGCCUCGUUUCUGCUCUUCUUGAGCUCGAUAUCCACAUACCCACUGAUCGCCAGGGCCUCGUCGUCGACCAUUUCAAUUACGAUACUGCUUCCGCGUCCGAGAAACAUGAUGUGCUCGUGCUGCCCACUCCCGGCCCCCUCCGGCCGGAUUACAAAGACUUUUUCGGACUUUCUGCGUCUGGGGAAUCGGGAGUCAUCGCGUUCCCCAACGGCCUCGGCCAGACCCUUGGCCAAGGUGCCCUCCUCUCACCAAUCUUGCGCGCUCCCGCCACAUCUUACAGUUACAACCCCAAAGAAGAGUCCGAAGCUAUCGAAGACCUCUUCGCCGCCGGACCCCAGCUCUCACUUGUGAGCGCUCUUCAGGCGCGCAAUUCGGCGCGAGUUACCGUCGUGGGAUCGGCUGAUAUGUUAAGCGACAAGUGGUUUGGUGCGAGCGUAAAGAAGGUCGGCGAGAAGAACUCUGUCAAAACUUUGAACCGGGAGUUUGCGAAGGCUGUUUCUGGGUGGACGUUUGGAGAGAUUGGUGUCUUGCGCGUCAACUGGGUUGAACACCACCUGAACGAGGCGGGCCAAAGCAAUGCCAGCAACCCCAAUAUCUACCGUAUCAAGAACGAUGUGACAUACUCUAUUUCGCUCUCUGAAUACUCGUGGGAUAAAUACAUCCCUUUCACUGUUCCAGAGAACGAUGAGCUCCAACUCGAAUUUAGCAUGCUUUCGCCUUUCCAUCGACUCAAGCUAAACCCUACCAUCUCAUCAGAGGACAGCACCACCUAUACUGUAUCAUUCAAGCUUCCCGAUCAGCAUGGCAUAUUCAAUUUCCUGGUUAACUACAAGAGGCCGUUCUUCAGCAACGUGUUUGAGAAGAACACGGUAUCAGUACGUCACUUUGCGCACAAUGAAUGGCCUCGCAGUUUCGUUAUCAGUGGCGCUUGGCCAUGGAUUGCGGGAAUUGCCGUUACAGUGACCGGAUGGCUCGGUUUCUGCGCUCUUUGGUUGUACAGCGCGCCCCCUGCCAAGGGUGAGAGCAAGAAGAAGCAGUAGAGAGACUUGUGAAAGCGAAUGGAGAAUUGGAAGCGAAGAAGCUUCUACCUGUUCUUCUUUUUUUUUUUCCAGAGCCCAUAGAGAAAAGGCUGCGCGGUGAAUUCUCAUGUUUGUGAUAUACCUCAUGUACAAGAUAAAAAGGAUGGAUUCAAAAGGACUUGAUUUAGCCUAUCUAAAAAUGAGAGGCAUAGACGAUAGUCGGCCAUGGUAGGCUCGCGGGUCGAAUGAAUGAAUAAAUAUUAUCAAUACCGCAGAAUAAGACUGCAUAUUGUAGCUUCCCAUUCUAUUAUUGAUUGGUAUGAUGUUUAAAAAUUCACAUGCAGAAAUUUGAAGACUUCCAAGUUGCUCAGUUUAUCAGAAUCAUCAGAUGGUCAAGUGGCUGCAUGUGGGGUGCGCCAUCAGAGCCCUGGAGAGCUUGCCUCCCAACUUUCAACUUUAUCGAUAGCGCAGCAUUGAGAGG